AUGAGGGAUAAGAUCCUUCUAGAUUCUCAACAGAAACACAAAGAUAAAACUUCCCAACGUCUCACCUCUCGAGCAUUCUAUUCCGCAAAUUGCGUUUCUCGGACUUCUUAUUAUCAGCAACUGAAAGAGGCAGAAGAUUUUAAUAAAAAGUUCUCGAUCGGAAGUAUACAAUCAAUCGGCUCGGCCUUCACAUAUGAAACGCAUCCAAAAGCCAUAUAUACAAGCAGGUUACUUCAGUUUAAUAGCCUUCCUGAACCAAGAAAUGCUGAUGAUUAUUAUGAGCAUUACGAUAACUUAUCAAGCAUGGAAUAUUUGGAAUCUGUACAACUCGACCCUUCUCAAUUGAACAUUAAUGAUUUUAAGCACACAUAA